AUGAGUGAAGACCUGGUGAAGAGCCAGUGCACAGCUCUAAACGACUGGGCAAAGAUUCAGAAAGACGCUGCUGCUGCUGCUGCUGCUGCUGCUGCUGCUGCUGCAGAUGCUGCAGAUGCAAAGAAAGCCGAGAAUUCCACUGCAGCAGAUGCCGGCACUGUGCCUGCGAGCGGUAACUCCACCUCAGAAAGUGGUAACCCUGUUACGCCAUCGAACAGCACGUCAGCCUCACGCCCAGGCUCAUCUCGCAGGAGUGGGAAAUGGUCGGAGAAGAGAGGAGAUGCUGGGGGGGCUGAUAGUGGUAACAAGUCAGAGCAGGGAGGGGGGAAGGGAACGGAGAAGGGAGGAGAGAAGGUAGGGGAGAAGGGAAAGGAGAAGGGAGGGGAGAAGACAGGGGGGGUUGCUAGUGGAGAGAAGCAGGGGGGGGAGGCGAGUGGGGUGAAGAGGGAGACAGAGAAAGAGAGGAAGGCAAGAGAGUGGGAGGAGAGGAAGCAGCUUGCAAAGGGCAGAGCGAGGGAAAAGGAGGAGACUGCAGAGAAGAGAAAACGAGAGGAAGAGGAGAAGAAAGCGAGGGAGGCAGAGGAGAAGGCGAAAAGGGAGAAAGCUGAGAGGGCGAGGAGAGAGGCAGAGAAGGGUAAGAGGAAGGACAAGGGGAAGGGCAAAGGGGGAAGCAGGAAAUCACCCAACCCACCGCCUGGAAAGUAA